UUGAUUAGGCAUUUAUAAAGAAGUUAGAAAAUGAACUCUUACCAGAAAUAGAAACAAAACUGAAUGAUUUGACAGAAAGAAUAUUUUUUUUUGCAAACUUUUCAACUAUAAUGGUUGAUGACAUGAAACUUAAUGCAGAACCAUUUAUAUUAGCAUCUGAUUUUCCUAAUGUCAUUACUAAACAUGAAAUAAUUAUGUCUGAGAAAGAAGCAGAUUUCCAGGAAAAUCUACAAAAUAGAAGGAUACAGUUUAGUGAAACAUUACAAGAAUAUUGUAAAACAUUAAAUGAAUUUACAUAUUUUGGAGAUAUUUUUGAAGUUCAGAAAUAUCUUCAGAAAGCUCAAGAUCUUGAUAAAAAAUUACAAGAUUCUGCUGCCAUUGUCAAUGAAUUUAAUGAAGAGGAAGCAGCAUAUGGAUGGGAGAUUACAUCUUAUCCAUUGAGAACUGAAUUAAUUUCAAAAUUAUCAUCUUAUUUAAAACUUUAUGAAACUGCUGUUGAAUUUUUCAAUAAUUAUAAGAAAUGGUUACAAGAUCCACUGAAGAUGGUUAAUCCAAAUGAUGUUGAGCAAGAUGUAGCAGAUAUCAGAAGAACAAUAUAUAAAUUAGAGAAAACAUUUAUUGAUGUACCUGCUGCUAGUAGAAUUGCUGCACAAGUUAAAUUAUCAGUAGAUAAAUUUAGAAACUAUUUACCAUUAAUUCAAACGGUAUGUAAUCCAGGAUUAAAAUCCAGACAUUGGGAUCAAAUAUCUUCUGUUGUGGGUUUUUCAGUACAUCCAACAGAAACAACAAAUGUCAAUGAUCUUAUUGAUCUUAAAAUGAUGGAACAUGUUCCAAAAUUAGAAUUUAUUUCUGAAGCUGCAACUAAAGAAUACAGUCUUGAAAAGGCAUAUAAUAAAAUGGUUCUUGACUGGAAAAAUGUUAAAUUAUCAGUAGAUAAAUUUAGAAACUAUUUACCAUUAAUUCAAACGGUAUGUAAUCCAGGAUUAAAAUCCAGACAUUGGGAUCAAAUAUCUUCUGUUGUGGGUUUUUCAGUACAUCCAACAGAAACAACAAAUGUCAAUGAUCUUAUUGAUCUUAAAAUGAUGGAACAUGUUCCAAAAUUAGAAUUUAUUUCUGAAGCUGCAACUAAAGAAUACAGUCUUGAAAAGGCAUAUAAUAAAAUGGUUCUUGACUGGAAAAAUACCUAUCCAGGACCUCACAUAUUUAUUGUUGCUUUUUUUAUGUUCUUUGAUGAAUUGAAAUGGUUACAAGAUCCACUGAAGAUGGUUAAUCCAAAUGAUGUUGAGCAAGAUGUAGCAGAUAUCAGAAGAACAAUAUAUAAAUUAGAGAAAACAUUUAUUGAUGUACCUGCUGCUAGUAGAAUUGCUGCACAAGUUAAAUUAUCAGUAGAUAAAUUUAGAAACUAUUUACCAUUAAUUCAAACGGUAUGUAAUCCAGGAUUAAAAUCCAGACAUUGGGAUCAAAUAUCUUCUGUUGUGGGUUUUUCAGUACAUCCAACAGAAACAACAAAUGUCAAUGAUCUUAUUGAUCUUAAAAUGAUGGAACAUGUUCCAAAAUUAGAAUUUAUUUCUGAAGCUGCAACUAAAGAAUACAGUCUUGAAAAGGCAUAUAAUAAAAUGGUUCUUGACUGGAAAAAUGUGGAAUUUACAUUAAUUCCUUACAAAGAUACUGGAACAACUAUUUUGACUGCAAUAGAUGACAUUCAGCAACUUCUAGAUGAUCAUAUUAUGAAGACUCAAACUAUAUUAAGUUCACUAUUUGUUAAACCAAUAGAAGAAGAGAUUAAAUUUUGGAAAGAAAAAUUGCUAACAAUACGACAAAUAUUAGAUGAAUGGUUGAAAGUACAAGUAACAUGGUUACAUGUGGAGUCUAUAUUUGCUUUUCCAGAUAUUAUGAAACAAAUACCAGAAGAUGGAAGAUGUUUCAAUAUUGUGGACAGAAAUUGGAAAAAUAUCAUGAAAAGUGUUGAGGCUGAUCCUCAUGUGUUUGUUGUCUUAGAAAUUCCUAAAAUGUUUGAGAAAUUGAAAAAAUCAAAUGAUUUAUUAGAGAGACUAAUGAAAGGUUUGAGUAAUUAUUUAGAAAAGAAACGUCUUUUCUUUCCUCGAUUCUUUUUUCUAUCAAAUGAUGAAUUGCUUGAAAUUUUAUCUCAUAUUAAAGAACCAAUGUGUGUUCAGCCACAUUUAAAAAAAUGCUUUGAAGGAAUAUCAAAACUUCACUUUACUGAAGAAAUGAAAAUAACUCACAUGAUAAGUAGUGAAGAAGAGGAAAUAAAAUUAACACCAGAAAUUAUUCCAGCUAAUUCUCAUGGACAUGUAGAAAAAUGGUUGUUAGAAUUAGAAGCAUCAAUGAGAAAUAGCAUUUAUAAGGUGAUAAUUGAUGCAAUGGAAGCAUACUAUUUUAAUCCACGUGAGCAAUGGGUAUUGCAAUGGGCAGGACAAGCAGUCCUUUGUGUGUCUUUAUGUUUUUGGACUGCAGAAGUUCAUAAUGCUAUUAAAACAGGCAUUUAUGCUUUAAAAGACCUUUAUGUUAAGUGUAAUAAACAAAUUGAAAAAAUUGUUCAUUUAGUAAGAGGCAACCUCUCAAAACAGAACAGGAUUACAGUAGGUGCCCUUAUUGUAUUAGAUGUUCAUUCCAGAGAUGUUGUUGACCUUCUUGUUAAAAAGAAAAUUAGUUCUGAUAAAGAUUUUCAGUGGAUUUUUCAACUGAGAUAUUAUUGGAAGGAUCAAACAAUGAUUACAAGCAUGAUAAAUUGUUCUAUGAAAUAUGGAUAUGAAUAUCUUGGAAACACUGGUAGACUUGUAAUUACACCAUUGACAGAUCGCUGUUAUCGAACAUUAUUUUCUGCUCUACAUUUACAUUUAGGAGGUGCUCCAGAAGGACCUGCUGGCACUGGAAAGACUGAAACAGUUAAAGAUUUGGCAAAAGCUAUUGCUAAACAGUGUAUUGUAUUUAAUUGUUCUGAAGGAUUGGAUUACAUAGCAUUAGGAAAAUUUUUUAAGGGAUUAGCAUGUUGUGGAGCAUGGUCCUGUUUUGAUGAAUUUAAUAGAAUAGAUCUUGAAGUUUUAUCAGUUGUUGCUCAACAGAUUUUGACAAUUCAGAGAGGAAUUAAUUCUGGAGCAAAGACACUAAUGUUUGAAGGAACUCAAAUAAAACUUGAUUUAACAUGUGCAAUAUUUAUUACAAUGAAUCCUGGAUAUGCAGGUCGUUUUGACUUACCAGAUAAUUUAAAAGCUUUGUUUCGACCAGUGGCUAUGAUGGUUCCUGAUUAUUCUAUGAUAUCAGAAAUAUAUCUCUACUCAUAUGGAUUUGUGAAUGCAAGACCAUUAGCUAUAAAAAUAGUAGCAACUUAUAGACUUUGUUCUGAACAGUUAUCAUUUCAACCACAUUAUGAUUAUGGUAUGAGAGCUAUUAUAUCUGUAUUAACAGCUGCAAAAAAUUUAAAACAAAAAUAUCCAGAAGAAAAUGAGGAUGUCAUUAUCCUUCAAGCAAUAAAAGAUGUAAAUUUACCCAAAUUUUUAAAUCAAGAUAUUCCAUUAUUUUCAGGAAUUAUUUCAGAUUUAUUUCCACAAAUUAAAUUGCUGAAAAUAGAUUACAAAAUAUUAAAUGAAGCUAUAACAAAAAAUUGUAAUUUGAAUAAUCUUGAAGUAACUGAUUUCUUUUUGGAAAAAAUUCAACAGAUUUAUGAAAUGAUGAUAGUUAGACAUGGUUUUAUGAUUGUUGGGCAUCCUUUUGGAGGAAAGACAUCAGCUUAUAAAAUAUUGGCUGCUACAUUAAGUGAUAUCUGUGAUAAUAAUUUGUUGGACGAACAUCAUGUACAGUACAGAAUAAUUAAUCCAAAAUCUAUUACGAUUGAACAGUUAUAUGGUAGUUUUGAUACUCUUUCUCAUGAGUGGAAUGAUGGUGUUUUAGCCAAGAGUUAUCGUGAAUUUGCUAAAGCUGAAAAUCCUAAACAUCAUAAUGGAAGUAAAAUACAUUUAUUAAUAAUGUAUUUCUUAAAGAAUUCAACAAUACUUGGACAAUGGAGUCUUUGGAAGAAUGAGGUUUCAAAAAUAGAAAUCACACCUACUUCAAAUAUUAAUGAAUUUAUUAUUCCAACUAUUGAUACUGUACGCUAUUCAUAUUUAUCAUCAUUAUUAAUAUACCAGCAAAUACCAAUGUUAUUAGUUGGACCAACUGGAACUGGGAAAACAUUAUAUUUAACAAAUUUUUUGUUACACCAAAUUGACAGCAAAAUUUAUAAGCCACUUAUAAUGACUUUUUCUGCUCAAACAUCUGCUAAUCAAACACAAAAUGUUAUUCUUGAAAAAUUAGAAAGAAGAAGAAAAGGAAUUUAUGGUCCACUACCUGGAAACAAAUUAGAGGUUGUCUUUAUAAAUGAUUUAAAUAUGCCUGUGCAAGAACAGUUUGGGGCACAGCCAUGUAUUGAAAUUCUUCAUCAGUGGAUUGAUCAUGGAAUGUGGUAUGACCUUAAAGAAUUGUCAAUUCUACAUUUAGUUGACAUACAAAUAGUUGCUACAAUGGGUCCUCCAGGAGGAGGACGUAAUGAUAUAACACCACGAUUCUUACGCCAUUUUAAUACGAUUACAAUAAAUGAAUUUAGUGAUGAAGUGAUGAUGACAAUAUUUACUAGUAUUUUUGAUUGGCAUUUGAAAAUAAAAAAUUUUGAUUCAAGUAUCAAAGAAUGUGUACUUCCAAUCAUUAAAGCAACUCUUCAGAUUUAUAAGGAAUCAACGAAAAAUCUUUUACCAAUACCAACCAAAUCUCAUUACCUUUUUAACUUGAGAGAUUUUUCACGUGUUGUUCAAGGACUUCUAUUAUCAUCACCUGAAACCAUUAAGGAUAUUAAAUCUAUGAAUAUUCUAUGGAUACAUGAAAUUUUUCGUGUCUUUUAUGAUCGUUUAGUUGAUGAUGAUGAUUGUUCUUGGUUGUUUGGAAGUGUUCAAAGUUUGUGCAAUAGUGUUUUAAAUGAAAAUUUUCAUGACUUAUUAAGCUUUCUGGAUAGCAAUGAAGAUGGAUUUGUUACAGAAAACGAUGCUUCCUAUUUAAUAUUUUGUGAUUUUAGUGAUCCAGAACAAAAUUACUACUCACAAGUAAAAGAUAUUGUCAGUUUACAAAAUAUUAUUGAAGAAUGUCUUACAGAUUAUAAUAAUAUCUCUAAAUAUCCUAUGAAUAUAGUGUUAUUCAGCUAUUUUAUUCAACAUCUGUGUCAUAUUUCUCGAAUAAUGUUGUUACCACAUGGUCAUAUUUUAUUGACUGGUGUUAGAGGUUCUGGAAAACAAUGUUUAAGUAGACUUGCAGCUCAUAUUGCAAAUUAUGAUCUAUUUCAGAUUGAAAUUUCAAGGAGUUAUACAAAUAUAGAUUGGCAAAAUGACAUUAAAAAUCUAUUAAAUAAAUCAAGUAUUGAAGAUACACAUAGAGUGUUUUUGUUUUCUGACAAGCAGAUUAUAUCAGAAUUAUUUCUUGAAGAUAUUAAUNGAUUAAUUUAUAAGUUUAUUAACAGAUUACGAGAUAAAUCACAGCAGACAGAUGGCUCACCACUUGCACUUUUCAACCUUUUUAUCCAGCUUGUAAAACAGCAGUUACAUAUCUGUUUAACAAUGAGUGCAACCAGUGAUUUAUUUAGAGAUCGUAUUCGUAAAUUUCCAUCACUUGUUAAUUGUUGCACUAUUGAUUGGUUUAAGGUAUGGCCAAAUGAUGCAUUAGAAGCUGUAGCUUGUAAAUUAUUAAAGGAAGUUAAUCUAAAAUCUACAGAAUUGUCAGGUUGCAUAAAUCUUUGCAAACAGUUUCAUAAUUCAACAGUAGAUCUCUCCAAAGAUUAUUUUAGGGUUUUACAUCGUCAUAAUUAUGUCACACCUAAAUCAUUCUUGGAUUUGAUAUCAACUUUUCAAAUUCUUUUAACUGAAAAAAGAGGAGAAAUCAUAAAAUUAAAACAGCGAUAUAAAAUUGGAUUAGAGCAGUUGGCACAUGCAUCUGAUCAAGUUUCUCAAAUGAAGGAUGAAUUAUCAAAAUUGCAACCUCAAUUAAUUGAGGCAAGUAAAGAAGUUGCUAAUACAAUGGAAAUGGUCGAAAAUGAAUCGGAAGAAGUUGCAAAAAUUGAAAUGAAAAUGAAGGAAGAUGAAUUAUUAGCUAAUAUUCAAACUGAUGAAGCAAAUACUAUCAAAAAAGAGUGUGAUUCAAAAUUAGCUGAAGCAAUGCCACAAUUAAUUGCUGCUAAUAAAGCUUUGAAUACAAUAACCCCUACUGAUAUAACAUUUCUUAAAACAAUGAUACAUCCACCUCCUGGAAUAAAAUUAGUGAUGGAAGCAGUUUGUAUUUUAAAAGAGAUUAAACCAAUUAUUACUAAAGAUUUAAUAGGCCAAACAACAGAAGAUUAUUGGGGACCAUCAAAAAAAUUUUUUGCUGACAUGAAAUGUUUAGAACAUCUGCAAAAUUAUGAUAAGGACAAUAUCCCAUUAAAAGCUAUAAAAACAAUUAGGGAAAAUUAUAUUAAUAAACCUGAAUUUGAUCCUGUAAAAAUCAAAUCUGCUUCUAUAGCUGCAGAAGGAUUAUGUAAAUGGGUUAUUGCUAUAGCAAGUUAUGACAAAGUAUUAAAAGAUAUAGAACCUAAAAAAGCAGCACUUGUUGAAGCUGAAGAAAAGUUAAAAGAAGCACAAAAAGCUUUUGAAAAAAAGCGUAUUGCUUUGGAAGAAGUACAGAAACAAUUACAUGAAAUUCAGCAAAUUUUGCAAGUUCAUAAAUUAAAAAAGAUUGGUUUGGAAGAACAAGUUAAUAACUGUACUUGUAAACUUAAGCGUGCAGAAAAACUAAUUGAAGGUCUUGGGGGAGAAAAAGAUCGAUGGAGCUAUUCUUCCAAGAAAUUAGAUGAUAAAUAUAAAAAUUUAAUUGGAGAUGUGUUAUUAUCGUCAGCAGUAUUAGCAUAUCUAGGAGCUUUUACAUUAUCAUUUAGACUGAAUCAAUUAUUAUAUUGGAUAAAAAUUACUGAAGAGGAAAAUAUUAUAUGUAGUAAAGAUUUUUCCUUAUCUGAAGUUCUUGGUGAUCCUGUAAUUAUUAGAGAAUGGAAAAUUGCUGGUCUUCCUGCAGAUAAUUUCUCAGUUGAAAAUGCUUUAAUUGCAAAAAAUGGUAUAAAGUGGCCAUUAAUGAUUGAUCCUCAAGGUCAAGCUAAUAGAUGGAUUAAAAACAUGGAAAAAGACAUUAAAGUUAUUAGGUUGACUGAUAAAAAGUUUUUUCAUACAUUACAAGACUGUAUUCAGGUUGGAAACUCGGUUUUAAUAGAAAAUGUUAAUGAAGAUUUGGAUCCUAUUUUGGAACCAUUAUUACUAAAACAGACAUUUAGACAAGGCGGUACCUUAUGCAUUAAACUUGGAGAUAGUACUAUUGAAUAUUCUGAUAACUUUAGGUUAUAUAUUACUACAAAAUUACGUAAUCCUCAUUACUUGCCUGAAAUGUUUGUGAAAGUGGCAAUUAUAAAUUUUAUGAUUACACCAGCUGGAUUGGAGGAUCAAUUGCAGGGCAUUGUUGUAAGAAAGGAAAAGCCAGAAUUAGAAUUUGAAAGAAACCAAUUAAUUAUUCAAAGUGCAGAAAAUAAAAAAAAGUUAAGGGAUUUAGAGGAUAAAAUAUUGAAACAGUUAUCAACUUCUGAAGGAACUAUAUUAGAAGAUGAAGUUGCCAUUAACAUUCUUUCAUCAUUGCAAUCUGUUUCAAAUGAAAUUCAAGAAAAACAGGCAGUUUCAGAACAAACAGAAACACAAAUAGAAGAGGCUCGUGUUGGAUAUCGAUCAAUUGCUGUUCAUUCAUCAAUACUGUUUUUUACAAUAGCAGAUUUAGCUAACAUUGAUCCAAUGUACCAAUAUUCUUUAAAAUGGUUUAUUGCUCUUUUUGAAAAUUCUAUUGAUUAUUCAGAACAUGGAAUGACAUUAGAAGAAAGAUUAAAAAACUUAAAAUCUCAUUUUACUUACUCUCUUUAUUCAAAUAUUUGCCAUAGUUUAUUUGAAAAAGACAAAUUGCUGUUUUCAUUUCUCCUUUGCAUUAAUUUAUUGAAAUAUGAUGAUAAAAUUAAUGAGGAAGAAUGGAAUUUUCUUUUGACUGGUGGAAUUUCUUUAGAAAAUAUAUAUGAGAAACCAGCAGAAUGGAUUCCUUCUAUAUCUUGGGAUGAAAUAUGCAAUUUAACUACUUUAAAAACAUUUGAAAAUUUCAGAAAAUCAUUUUCUUCAGAUCUGAAAGAAUGGAAGAAUAUAUAUGAUAGUUUAACUCCUGAAUAUAUGAAUUAUCCCUUUCCAUGGACAAAUUUAAGUGAGUUUCAAAAACUGCUUAUUUUAAGAUGUAUUCGUCCAGAUAGAAUUAUUCCAAGAGUUAGGAAUUUUAUCAAAAAAUAUCUUGGAGAAAAAUAUAUUGAAAUUCCACCAUUUGAUCUUGAAAAAGUUUAUUUUCAAAGCAACAGUUGUACUCCAUUAAUAUUUAUACUUUCUCCAGGAGCAGAUCCCACAGCUGCUCUUUUAAAAUUUGCUUCUGAUCAGGGUUUUGGUGGAGCUUUGCUAAAUUCUCUGUCACUUGGACAAGGUCAAGGCCCAAUUGCAAGAGCUUUAAUUGAUGAUGGAAUGUGUAAUGGUACAUGGGUAUUACUCCAAAAUUGCCAUUUGGCUCGAUCAUGGAUGCCAGAAUUAGAAAAGAUUUGUGAAGAAUUUAUUAAAGAUGAAAUACAUACAAACUUUCGAUUAUGGUUAACCUCUUAUCCAUCUGAAGAUUUUCCAAUAUCAGUUUUACAAAACAGUAUAAAAAUAACUAAUGAGCCCCCUAAAGGUUUAAGAUCAAGUAUACUUAGAUUAUAUUGUACUGAUCCUGUGAAUGAUUCUGAAUUUUUUAAUUCAUGUCAUCAAAAUACUACAUUCAAGAAGUUAUUAUACAGUUUAUGCUUUUUUCAUGCUCUUAUUCAAGAACGUAAAAAAUUUGGUUCCAGAGGAUGGAAUAUUCUAUAUGAAUUCAAUGAAACAGAUUUUCAAAUAAGUGUCAAACAAUUAGCAAUUUUUCUUAAUGAAUAUGAUUAUAUUCCAUUUGAGUCAUUGUUGUACCUUAUUGGAGAAUGUAAUUAUGGUGGCAGAGUUACUGAUGACUGGGAUCGUCGAACAUUAAAAACGUUAUUAAAUGAGUUUUUUAGACCUGAAAUUGUCACACAAGAUAUUUAUUAUUUUGAUCCAUCAAAAGUUUAUUGCUUACCACCAGAAGGCAUUUAUCAAAAUUACAUCGCUUUUGUUAAAAACUUACCUUUUGCAACUGAACCAGAAGUACAUGGAAUGGAUGCAAAUGCAAACAUUAUUAAAGAUCAGAAUGAAACAAAAUUAUUCUUUAAUACCAUUAUAUCAACUCAAGCUCAAAUUGGAACAGGAACUGAUCAAUCAUCAGAAGAGGUUGUUUUAAAAAUUGCUAAUGACAUUCUUAUAAAAUUACCAAAUAAUUUUGAUAUUCAUUUGGCUUUACUGAAGUAUCCUGUAAGUUAUGAACAGAGCAUGAAUACAGUUCUAGUUCAGGAAAUGGAAAAAUUUAAUGUGCUGCUAAGUGUAAUUAGAGAUUCAUUAAUUGAAGUUCAGAAAGCUAUUAAAGGUAUAGUUAUCAUGUCGAUGUCAUUAGAGCAAGUUUUUCUUAGUAUAUUAAAUGGAAAAAUACCGGAUUUAUGGAUGGUUAAAUCUUAUCCAACGUUAAAACCAUUGGGAAGUUAUAUUAAUGAUUUUAUUGACAGAGUGAAUUUUUUCCAAAAAUGGUAUGAACGAGGACCUCCUUCAGUAUUCUGGAUUUCUGGUUUCUAUUUCACUCAAGCAUUUCUCACGGGAGCACAACAGAAUUAUGCACGAAAAUAUACCAUACCCAUCGAUCUUCUUACAUUUGAUUAUGAAAUAUUAACAGAUAAACCUUAUUUUCAACCGCCAACAGACGGAGUAUAUAUAAGAGGUUUAUUCAUUGAUGGUGCCAGUUGGGAUCACCAAACUUGGAAACUUUGCGAAUCUCAACCGAAAGUUCUCUUUAGUGAUUUGCCUGUGGUUUGGUUAAAACCAAUGAGAAAAGCGGAUACAAAGCCAUAUCCAAGUUACCUCUGCCCAGUAUACAAAACUAGUGAAAGGAAAGGUAUUUUAUCAACGACAGGACACUCGACUAAUUUUGUCAUUGCCAUGCUUCUUCCUUCUGAUAAACCAGAAGAGUAUUGGAUAUGUCGUGGAGUGGCUCUUCUUUGUCAACUAGAUAAUUGAUUUAUUUUGUACAGAUAAGCCAAAAUUUUUUAUUGGAUUAAAAUUUCGAAUUGAUAUAUCUUCACUUUAGAUAAUUAAUUUUUUAAAUUAAUUUUAUACCCAAACAAUGAAACAUUUCUCAGC